GUAUUGUCUUAUGAUUUGAAUGCACGUGCCCUCUACCACACAUGUAAACAAAUGGUUCGCAGAACGUAGAAAUGAUACUGAUUCUAGGAAAGAGUUAAUGAAAUUUGGAUUAAAUAGAAAUAUGCGAUUAGAGACCAUCGAUAUCAAGGACAAUAGCGAUUUUUAUUGUUAAAUAGCAACUUUGAAAGAUUUACGUAAUUUUCAUUAAUUCAGAUAUCGAUAUGGCGUUAUUUGAUUUACCAGAAGUUCUAACAGAUGAAAUAGCAUUGGAAGGUUUAGAUGGUAUUACUUUACAAGCUUUAUGGUUACGUUUGGCACAAAGAUUUAAUAAUCCUUCAUUGUGUACAGAAGAUUUUAAGAAUGAAGUAUGGUCUGUAUGUGUAAAUCUUCCAGAAGUUACAUUUUAUAAAUUAAAAGUGCCAAGAAAACCACUUGUUAUAUAUGAUCGUUAUGAGUUUGUAGAUCCAGAUCUUGGUAUUAUACUUGAGCCAGAUAAUAUUCCAGAAGAUAUUUAUCCUUUUGUUCCUAUAAAUGAUCCAAUUGCAGGAGUUAAGGGUUCCUGUUCGACUUAUAAGACUCGUAAAGUUAUAACUGAUGAUAUCAAAAGUUAUACUUUAGAGGAAGUAACGAGAAAAUAUGAUCAAACAUUGGUGAUUGUUGCGUCUCAAGCUACAAGAGUGAAAGCAUUAUUGGCCGAUAAAUCAUCUUUUAUAUUGAAAUUAAGUAUUAUGCAUUAUUGUUUCCUUGAAAAAGUUGGAAGAUCGCGUUAUCAUGGUGAAGUAACGCAGGGAAAACUUAGUCUUAGUUCGUUAAAAGAAGAUCAUAGAACAUUGUUUUAUCAUAGAAAGUUUUUACUUCGUCACAAAUUGAUCACAAAGCAGACGCAUCAUCAAAAAACAGCAGGCCAUAGUGGUACUGGUAGUUUAUUACAUUUACCACGAUUCUUUGUAGAAAGGAAACCAAAAAUGAUGUUCUUGGCUGAACAAGUCAUUGAGAUACUUAAAACGAAAAAAGAUUAUAUUGCUGAAUAUGAAGAAAUUAAGAAGAAAUUGCAAAUUGAAAAUUCUAUUCAAAAAUUAGUUAAAACAUCUUUUUUUCAAAAGGCAGUAAAAACAGAUGUGAAAGUACCGUAUAGAACUUUAUAUCCAAAUGCAGAACCUAAAGAGUGGCAACGGAAGAGUGAUCCAUCGAAGGAAAAAAUAAUAAGGGUAGUUCAGCUGAUAAAUCCCGACGUUGAUGUUGCUGAAUUAUUGAACAAAGAUGAAAUACACGAGGAUGAAGAGCAAAUAGAUGUAGAUAUUCAGAAACACCAAGUUUUUUCUUCUUUUCUCAAAGAAGCUAAUAUUAUGAACGAAGGAAGCAGUAUUAAUGGUGUCACUCAAGGAAGCUUAUCUAAAGAUAUGGGUUUAACGAAAUUACAAAGUAGAACUAUAUUACGUAAUCUAGUUAAAAUGAAUAUCGUAGCGAUAUACAUGAAUGAUGCAGGUAGGCAAAGAGUAACAAAAUAUGUAUGUAAAAAGUUUGAGGAAAAAAGUACGAUGAGUAAACAAUUUCAAAAAGAAGUACGUAGAAUUAAAGAGCUUACCAAGCAGAUGUCAAAUAAGAGAAAUGAAGUUAUACCAAAAGAAAAUGAAGUCAUACCAAAAGAAAAUGAAGUCAUACCAAAAGAAAAUGAAGUUAUACCAAAAGAAAAUGAUUUACAGAAAAAAGAAAUUAGGGAAAUUAGCGAUUUUUAUACGCAUUUAAUUAAAACUAUAGAGAAAUUAGAUUAUCAAGCAACUAUUGAUAAUAAUACAACGAAAUAUUCUCAUUUUGGAUUGCAAGAAUCAUUUAUUAAUACCAGCAAAUUAAAUUCGGUAUUUCGCAUUGUCAAUAAAAUAUUUUGGAAAUAUCGUAUAACAAAGUCACGAACUAGAUACAAGUGUACCUUCCUGAACGUGUCGAGAACAACAGCGAAAAUAAAAUUAUUAACUGACGAAAUAAUAAACAAAAAAUCAACACAAAAUGAAGAGAACAUAGGAAAGACUAGUGAUAAUAGUAUCGAGAUUUCCACAGUUAAAUCUACAAUUACAGAUAAUAUUAAAGAUUUAUCAAUGUAUAAAAGUAUAAAAACAAAUUUGGUUACCCAAAAUCCGAUGCGCCGUGGAAAACCAAUUAAUGAAACAUUUGGUUUCAUGGAGGAUGUUGAAAAUAGAGAGAAAAAAGGGGUAUCUAAUAUUACUUAUAGAUUAUUAAAGCGAGCAAAUAUGAUCAUCGAGUCUGUUAAAGAGCAUCAAGUUAUCGAUGAUAUGACUAAGUUAAUGAAGAUGAUAAAUGACGAAGAAGAUAAGGAAGGCUAUGAUGUAAAGAUAGAUAAAAAAUCUUUGAUCAGAUUAUUAGAUAAAUUAGCUAAAGAUAAUUUGGUAAAAAAUAUCAAGUUAACUCUUAGCGCUAAUGGCAAAGAAAAACAUUUGACUUUCGUAUGUGAUCCCAAUAUUGAUACAGAUCACACGGUAAUAAAAUCAGCUAUAGAACAAGCAAAAGUUAAAUUUUGUUUAUUGGGAUCAUCAAAAUCUAAAACGAAUCCGAAAAAUAAUGUAGAUAAGACUCCUCGUAAUAAUACGGAAAACACAAAGAAAAGGCCUAAAAUACUAUCAGCAAUACCAAAUACUUCCAAAUAUGAUCCAAAAGCAGCUAGAAAACUUGGAUAUAGUCCCAAAUUUGUUCGUAUGCAAGAACUUCAUUUUCUUAUAUAUUAUUUAGUUUAUGAACAUCCCGGAGAAGACACGCUUUCCAAGAAUGAACAAAUAAAAUUGUUACGUGCCAAUGAUUUUAGCAUCACCGAUAGUUUGGCUCAAGAAAUGAGUAAAAUUUAUACCACGGAAGUAGGAUGGAAGAUGUUUUUGCCAUCCUUACCUCAACAUAAUGGUUGGCCAAAAGGUUGGACUUUAAUGUGUGACAUUCUGUUGCGCAUUCCGCUAUCAAUAUUUUUAAAAAUCCAUAGUGUCCCAUUUAUUAUAUCAGGCUUGGAAUAUUAUACAAAUCAUCCUAUUAGAAAGCAUUAUUUAGUAAAAGAUCUUCCAAUGAAUAUUCAGAGUACUUUACUACAUGGAAGAAAGUAUAUAUUUGAUGUUCAUGAAACCGUUACUAGAUUAUGUUAUCUCGGUCUGGUUCAAUUUGGACCACAGAAAUUAAAAGAAAAAGAUCAAGUAUUUCUUUACGUAAAUCGUCAUAGUGAAUUAAUGGAUACAACUUCAUCUGCACCUGGAUAUCACAAAGUUGAAGAAAAAACAUACCCCAUAACGAAGUAUAAUUUUAAUGAGAUGUAUAUCGUUGAAAAAUAUUGGUACGACAUGUGGAAUAUAUGUGUUAAUACUCCUUUAGGGGGUAGGCUUGCAGUUCAGGGUAAAGAUAUAUUAUUAGAAGAUUUAUCUAAAAAAAGUGACAUGAUAGAAACAAUAAAAGCUCGUACUGCAGAGGAAGCUAUAAAAUUAGAUACCGGCAAAGUACCUGGAGAUCGUAAAGGUGCAGCUGGUAUCGAUUCCGCAUUUUUUGCACACUUGAAACGUAAUUGGAAUUGGAAUAAUAAUAUUACGACGCGUAAUCAACUAAAAAAAGAUCCAGGAAAUAAAACUACAUGUAAGAGAGAUGCUUAUUUAUCAACAAUAAAAGCAGCACCUAUCAAAUUUACUGAAUUUUCUGGAUUAAAAAAAGUAUCAGGACCUACUACUGUAAAUUCUACAAGUAUGAAAACAAAAUCGCAAUCGAACAAAGUUAAUGAAGUUAAUAAUAAGUCUAUUAAACCCGAAACAUAUACAAUAUCUCAUCGGUCUAAACAGAAAUCAUUUAUUAGACGAGUUUUACCUAAAAAGGGAAGAAAAUCACGUGUAAAAUAUGAUGAAAUUGAUUAUCGUGCGCUUCAACUAAUGCAUAAAUUGCGCGUCGACUGGAAACCACACGAAGAUAAUAUAUUACUUAUAUGUAAAGUUGCCAUGAUGUAUUUGUGUCCAAAUCAUCGCAAACAAGUGGUAUCAUUUAAUAUGGUCAGAGAUGUUUUACGCUCUUAUUCUCUUAGUUCGAACAAUAAAACAUCUCGGGCUUGUCAAAGAAGACUUUUAUAUAUGCUUAGACAACCACAAACAGUUAAAAGCGUAGCUUUAGGAGUAGAAGAAAUAAAGCAAAAUUUCUUUCUUAAUAAACGGUUUAGUGGUAUAACGGAAAAGAUUAAACAAGAAUCUCCGAAUCAAGGCACAUUUGAAAAACGCAUAGCUGAAGUAUUUAAAGAUCUUGUUAAUUACGUUGCUAAAAAGUAUUACAAUAUUUCAGAAAUGGGAUCAAGUGAACCUAUCGUUGUACCAAAAACAGUACAAGAGUUCAAUAUCUUUUAUAAAAUAAUAUAUCCUACUAAGUCAUUUAAUCUAGGCUAUUUCAACGAUAUUCGUUGUAUUUACGAUAUACGUUCUGCUACUAUUAAUUCUGUUAUUCAUAGUUCAAUGUGUUCUGGAAAAGAUAAAAAAUCUUGGGCAUAUCAAUUAUUUAAAAUAUAUCAACAGUAUCCUGAGGGUCUUUUGAAAAGCGCUAUGGCCAAAAUUAGGGCUGAUCAAUUGGUAACAAUCAAGAAAAAUGAUAUGCAUUUAACAAAGAAGUAUGUCAAUUAUAUGCCAAUGAGUAGUGCACAGUAUCAGUUUAGUACCAGUUACAUUUACAAAUUUCAAGAUAGAUGGCCAUAUGAUUUAUAUAUGGAAUCAUACAAUGCUUUUUUUAAACUUAUUCAAUGGUAUUCUACAACAAAAAUAAGUAAUCCAUUGACAGAUAAUGUUUCUUCCGGUGGUAUUGAAAUUAUUCCAGCUACUGGUGGGAUAGUUGCCAUGAUACAUGAUUUUAUGCCAAUGGAUAAGCUAGAUUUUGAUGUUGCCAUACCUGAUCAAGUAAUUACACUAGAUCAGAGUUUAAAAGAAAAAAAUGAAACUUACUUUAGAAUUGCACAAAGAUAUAAAGAUAUUUUAGAUGGUUUAGAUGGUUUAGAUGGUUUAGAUUAUUUUAAAGACAAUUCGAAUAAGAAGACGAAUUCUAUAGAAAACGAUAAAACCUCAAUAUUUAAAAAGGAGACAAUUGUUGAUCAUCGCACUGGUAAUGGGUCAUCUAUUUUUGAAGAAGACGUUGACGAUGAGUUUAGAUCUAAAAAGGCAAGAAAAGUUGAUAAUCCUGAUUACAACUUUGGAUUACAACUUAUUGAAGAAAGUAAUUCAAUUAAUUCUCAUGAUGAAACUAAAACCAUGUUAAACAAAACGGAUAAAGAACAAUUAAAAGGGAAUCAUUUAAAAAGAAAAUACAUUGAUAAUUGUGAAAUAGAUUCUACGGAAUCAACCUCGAAGAAAGCUAAAAUGGAUGAUGAUAGUGAAUGUAGCAAAUUAAAUUCAUGUAAUGAUACUUCACGAAGUAAUAUGGAAACACAUUUAAAUAAGUGCCUAAAUGAUUUUGAUGAAAAAAUGGAUAAUGCUGAAAUUUCAUUAAAAUCAAGGCUUUUGGAUGAAAAUUCAGUUGGAUGUUCGAAAUCUGCAGAAGAUGAAGAUAUAAAACAAAAAAGCGAAAGUCAAAGUAAUGAAGAAUAUAAUAAAAAGACAAAUGAUAAUGCAUUUACUCGUAUAAGUAGUAUAAUAUGUAGUAAAUCUAAAGAUAUAACUUAUGCAAAUUCAUACACCAAACUCGAUGACACGAAUGACGGUCAAAAACAAUUUACAAGAUUAGCCCUAUUGAAAAUAAGGGAGGAGCUAAAUGAAUUUUCCGUAUCUGAUAGUCAUCAUGCUCACGAAUAUUUCGUGGUUAAUAUAUUUAAAAUUUUUUAUUACUUAGAAUCAUCCUCAUCACAACAUUGUGAUGAGGAUUAUGAAAUGUUUAAAAGUUAUGCGCUACCAUCUGGAAUGUUACCUUUGAAAUUAAAGACUGUUUCCGAAAUUAUAAACGAAUUAAAUAAAUUUGCAACUUUUCCAAAAAAUAAUACCUCAUAUGCGAAUUUUAAGAAAACUAUGAAUGGAAAAGUAUUAUAUAACUGGAUGAAAAUUGAUGCUAUAUACAGAUUUGUAAAAGAAAAGAAAGAAAUAGGAGCUAGCUCGGAGGAACUUAUGCAAAAAUUUCGAAAAGACUUUGGGAGAGAGUUAUAUGAUAUAGUUUCUCUUUUAAUUGAUAAUUAUUUGUUUUUACGUUCUGGUGUAACUACACCCCGAUAUAUACAUUACGGUCAUGUAAAUCCUUGGUUGGUACAUUCUUAUAAGAUCUUUCGUUCAGAUAGAGAGUCACUUUUACCAAUACCUAAAGAUAGCAUAUACUUAACAGAAAAUCAAACUGUUACCGAUACUAAUAUUGAUGAUAUUAAAAAAGAUAAUGAUAUUGGUCAUAAUAAAGAUUCAUUGGAAUCAUCAAUAUGCGAAGACAUAACAAUGAUUGAUAACGAAGAAAAGAUAAGAAAAAAAGAUACGAUGCCUUCAAUUGGUAAUGGUACCGAAGAACAAGAAAAUGCUACAAUUAUAAGUAACUCUGGUGAAACUGAAAAGGAACCAAAUGUAUGCGCUACAAAAAGAUUACAAAGAAAGAGAAUAUCUUUGCUUCCACAAAAGGAUAUAUUUACAUCUGCCAAAAAAUUAGAUUUAACUAAUGCUGAGGAAAUAAAGGUAGUCAUGAAACCAUGGAUUCGCGUAGAUGGUGUUUUGAAUCGUAGAGUAUUAGAUCGUAUGUUGGGAGCUGUUUUAACAUAUUGUUUAACACAUCCUGGUGUUACAUUAGUCAAAGUACAAAAUAGAUUUAGUCCAGCCUUACAACCGUUCCACACUCGUGAACUGAUUGAGAUAUUGAUUAAAUUAGGCUGUUUAGAGAAGAAGAUAUUGAUUAAACAACAUGUAACUUUGUUUUCAAAACCUGCACCUGUUAAACCAAAAACGGACGAGGAGUGGGUGAGUGAAGAAGAAAUAUUUAUAGAGCCUUUAAUGGGAGCGAUCAUAAAAUUUGGUAUAUUUUUAAGUACGAAGAUGUACAACUCGGAUUAUAUUCCAUAAUGAUAAUAUAAAUAUUAUCAAGAUAAUAAGUAUGUUAUUGCGAGUUAAACGAGUUAUUUCGAUGUCACGUUUCGAUUUAUAUAGGAAACAGCCUUACUAGUCAACAGACGAGGAAGCAAGUGCUAGUGUGCCUGAUAAUAAUUAUUCAUUCAUCAAAAUAUUUCAAAUAUCUCUCUCUGUCUCUCUCUCUCUCUCUUUUUGUCAUAUUUAUAUAUUAUAUUUUCAUACUAUUAAUAUCGAUAAUUAAAUGUACCAAUAAUCUAAUAUCGCUACGCACUCAGGUAUUGUAUAGGUAUCUUCGUAUAUUGAUAGAAAAAAAAACUACGUUAAUCAAAGUUUCAUUAAUGAAUCUUAUUUUAGUUAUUUUUUAUACAAAUAUCUGUGAUCAUAAUUUAAUAAAUGUUUUUUACGUUAAGGGACACCAUUAGUGUGAAAUUUUGAAAAACUCGAAUUCAAUAGUCUAUUCCUUUACAAAUGUAACAUACUAAAAUUCCAAAUGCAUAUCUUAAAUAGUUUUUGAGUUAUAGCCACCUUUAUUUAUAACGAUCAAAUCAGUAACUUAAACUUAAAACGCGUUUUUCUGAACCUCUAGUUUUUCGAUCGAAUAAAAAAUGUAAUUUUUGCGAGCCAAAAAUCAUUAAAUUUUCAUAAAAUUUUUUUUUUUAAAACUUCGCCAUUUUUGUUAAAUUUCAAUUUUUCGUUUCGACCGAGGUUCAUGGUACGGGAAAUUCCUUCUACUUUAAUAAACUUUCUAGUUUUUUUUUAUUUCAUGCCCUGUGAAGGUCGCUAUAACUGCAGCAGUGUGGGGACUUUUUUUUAGGCCUUAGGAGAUUGCGAAUAACUCGCUUAAUUUUCAAUUUUUUGUUUUAUGGAGUAGUUUUCUUAAAAAAAAAUUCUGAAAAAUCACCUUUUUUUCAAACGGUCACAAUAAUGGUGCUCUUUAAUAAUUAUAAAUG